GUUUUGCCUCAGAACAGGAUCAGUGAACAAACCGGUUAGACUAGUUAUUGAGUGCCGGGUCAGGGCUGAAGCAUCUUUGACAUUUUCGUCAAUUUUGGAUCACAGGCAGCCAUUACAUAUUGACAGAGAGGUCGCGAUCUAAAGUCCCCACAUGGAGUUCCUCACCGUACCGGCCACAGCAGCAACCCUGAUCAGCGCUCUUGCAGCAGGUGCCUCGUACAUGGUCUACCGACGAUUUACCCACCAGCCAUCUUGGCCAAAGGUAAAACAGAAUUGUGCAUACACCCAGAAGGUGUCGCCAAAAAAGAAGAAAAUUCAGCUGGCCCUCAACUCACUUGAAGAUUUCUCUCCGAUCGGGAAAAUCGUGCCAGUACAUGACGUACCCGCGUUCUUCACCAGCCAUGGGAACGAGUUUUCUGUGUACAGCGUAGACUGGGAACAAGAGGCAGUUGUGCUCAUCAAACCAACGGACGGCACGGACAUGAAAAAACAUGCAUUCUUUCGUGAGGCCCAGAGACGGAACGCUACUGAAGUUCUUGUAAUUCCAUUCGAACAUCUCCAGGCUGUUGUGGACGCUAUUUCCGACAGGAUUGCGCAUGUGCAGGAGGUGUUUGUGUACAUGACAGCUCGUUGUGGCUCUACCCUUCUGACCCGGGCAGUUGAAGCCACAUCGGUCGCACAAGCCUGCAGUGAACCGGAGGUGCUUGAUACCAUCUGCCUGGAAAUAGUUCGUUCCGGGCGUCAUAGCGAAAACUCCUCUUCGUACCAUACUGCACAAGUCCCUGCAAUUGUCAUGAACGACGCAACUUCCGUGGCGCUGCUGAAAAACGUUGUCUCCAUGUUAAACUACAACCUGGUCACAUCAGACCACCGCCAUCGCUCCAUCAUUUUCUAUAAAUUACAGGGGCGACCUGUUCUAGCCGCUGAUACUAUGCACCGCGCCUUUCCCACCGCUAAAACCGUGUUUCUGUACAGAAACGGCUUAGAGUUCUAUGAGUCUUGGACACGACUUUGGUACAGAUACCAACUCGUGUACAAGACUGCCAGGUUUGCCGUUCGACUUGGCUUGUGGAGGUGGGUGCCGGCGGUCCCUCAAGACUUCAGAAUAUUUGUAGAUUACCUGAAGUCCUCCACAGUUCGCUAUCACGGGUCCUACUACCAUUGCGUGGUGGCACGCUGGCUUGGUGCCAUAAAACGCGCUGUAGAAUUACAACAGAAGUACCCAGGGUAUUUUUUCCAUGCCACGGUCUACUACACAGCCUUAGUGAGGGACAAACAAGGAACACUGGGGCUGAUCAUGAAGAAGCUUGGGAUAGAGUGGGAUCCUGAGAACCAGGAAGAGGAAAGGAACAGAGUGAAAAGGGUUUUCGUGGAAGACAGCCAGUCUGGAACAUUCUUAAGUCACAGAUCAAACGAACCUGGUGAGAAGUGGGCGCCCUGCACCUCACCUGCAUGGAUUGGGGAAUGGGAACGAGAGUACCUCUCUCACGUCUGCAGAGAAACUGGGAACGACGUUCCCGGUCCUGACAUCAUCUUGCCAGAUUCCAUCGUGUAGAACUCAACAGCGGUUUGGACACACUUAUGGGAGUUUGGGUGGUCUUCUUGUGAUUUAUAGGAUAAUCUUCUAGGUUUGGGUAAAAACUUUCCUGAUGUAAGGUUUCAUAAUGAUGAGGGUCAUCGGUGUAGUUUGCAGUUUUUAAGACAUGUUUCACCUGCAUGAAAAAUGCAGAUAUUGUUUUAGGUAGGAAUCAUGUUUUGGAGUUUGAUAUUGGGGAAGAUGUUGUGAGCGCGCAUCAGUAGUUUCUUGCAGUUUUGUGGUUCGUUUAAAAAAUAGUUACGAAAGUUUUGAAAGAAGAAG